UCUUCUGACUAGGCAGCUCGUGCUGAUUUCCUAAGUCAGCCCCACCUGCCCUCAUGGUGGGUGGUGCUCAGAAUCUCCAGUGUUGGAACACGGGAGUAGACAGCAAAUAAUGGCAGCAGCGACAAGGGAUCCUGGACUCUCCAAAUUGCAGUUUGCCCCCUUUAGCAGUGCCUUGGAUGUUGGGUUCUGGCAUGAGUUGACCCAGAAGAAGCUGAAUGAAUAUCGGCUAGAUGAAGCUCCCAAGGACAUUAAGGGUUAUUACUACAAUGGUGAUUCUGCUGGGCUGCCAGCUCGCUUAACAUUGGAGUUCAGUGCUUUUGACAUGAGUGCUCCCACCCCAGCCCAUUGCUGCCCAGCUGUCGGAACGCUAUAUAACACCAACACACUCGAGUCUUUCAAGACUGCAGAUAAGAAGCUCCUUUUGGAACAAACAGCAAAUGAGAUAUGGGAAUCCAUAAAAUCGGGUGCUGCUCUUGAAAACCCUGUACUCCUCAACAAGUUCCUCCUCUUGACAUUUGCGGAUCUAAAGAAGUACCACUUCUACUAUUGGUUUUGCUACCCUGCCCUCUGUCUUCCAGAGAGUAUACCUCUCAUACAAGGGCCAGUGGGUUUGGAUCAAAGGUUUUCACGAAAACAGAUUCAAGCCCUUGAGCGUGCAUAUGAUGAUCUUUGUCAAACAGAAGGAGUCACAGCCCUUCCUUACUUCCUAAUCAAGUAUGAUGGGAAUGUGGUGCUGGUUUCCUUGCUUAAACAUUACAGUGAUUUCUUCCAAGAUCAAAGGACAAAGAUAACAAUUGGUGUAUAUGAUCCCUGUAACUUAGCCCAGUACCCUGGAUGGCCUUUGAGGAAUUUUUUGGUCCUAGCAGCCCACAGAUGGAGUAGCAGUUUCCAGUCUGUUGAAGUCCUUUGCUUCCGCGACCGUACCAUGCAGGGGGUGAGAGACGUUACCCACAGCAUCAUCUUCGAAGUGAAGCUUCCAGAAAUGGCGUUUAGCCCAGAUUGUCCUAAAGCGGUUGGAUGGGAAAAGAACCAGAAAGGAGGCAUGGGACCGAGGAUGGUGAACCUCAGUGAAUGUAUGGACCCUAAAAGGUUAGCCGAGUCAUCAGUGGAUCUAAAUCUCAAAUUGAUGUGUUGGAGAUUGGUCCCUACUUUAGAUUUGGACAAGGUCGUGUCUGUCAAAUGUCUGCUGCUUGGAGCUGGCACCUUGGGUUGUAAUGUAGCUAGGACAUUAGUGGGCUGGGGCGUCAGACACAUCACAUUUGUGGACAAUGCCAAGAUCUCCUACUCCAAUCCUGUGAGGCAGCCUCUCUAUGAGUUUGAAGAUUGCCUAGGAAGUGGCAGGCCAAAGGCUCUGGCUGCAGCAGACCGGCUCCAGAAAAUAUUCCCCGGAGUGAAUGCCAGAGGGUUCAACAUGAGCAUCCCCAUGCCUGGACAUCCCGUUAACUUCUCCAGUGUCACCCUAGAGCAAGCCCGCAGGGAUGUGGAGCAGUUGGAGCAGCUCAUCGAAAGCCACGAUGUCAUUUUCCUGUUAAUGGACACCAGGGAGAGCCGGUGGCUUCCUGCUGUCAUUGCUGCAAGCAAGAGAAAGCUGGUCAUCAAUGCUGCCUUGGGAUUUGACACAUUUGUUGUCAUGAGACAUGGCCUGAAGAAACCAAAGCAUCAGGGAGCCGGGGACUUGUGUCCAAGCCAACCUAUGGCAUCUGCCGACAUCCUGGGCUCAUCACUUUUUGCCAACAUCCCUGGCUAUAAGCUUGGCUGCUAUUUCUGCAAUGAUGUGGUGGCCCCGGGAGAUUCCACCAGAGACCGGACCUUGGACCAGCAAUGCACUGUGAGUCGCCCAGGACUGGCCAUGAUUGCAGGAGCCCUGGCAGUGGAAUUGAUGGUUUCUGUUUUGCAGCAUCCGGAAGGGGGCUAUGCCAUUGCCAGCAGCAGUGACGAUCGCAUGAAUGAGCCUCCAACCUCUCUUGGGCUUGUGCCUCAUCAGAUCCGGGGAUUUCUGUCACGGUUUGAUAAUGUCCUUCCUGUCAGCCUAGCAUUUGACAAAUGUACAGCUUGUUCUUCCAAAGUUCUUGAUCAAUAUGAACAAGAAGGAUUUAAUUUCCUCGCCAAGGUGUUUAAUUCUUCACAUUCCUUCUUAGAAGAUUUGACUGGUCUUACAUUGCUGCAUCAGGAGACGCAAGCUGCUGAGAUCUGGGACAUGAGCGACGAUGAGACCGUCUGAGACAGCCCUCGAGUGGGGCAGACCCCUCUCCGGCCACCUGCUGAGGAGCGCUCAGUCCCCCCUGGAGCAAGACUGGUGAUGCUGGGCCUGCGCCCUCCGACCUGUCUGGUCCCUCCUCUCCAUGCCUGGAGGACUGGAACCCCCUCCGCUGCCCAGGAGCCUCCAGUGUUCUCCAUGUCGUGAUUCCUGAUCCUGCCAGUUCUGAGCUGAAUAAUAACCUUGGCUUUGGCCUUGCCAGUGA